GGGACUCUGUAUCUAGGGCCAGAAAUGGCGAUGGCGAUGGCGUUGCAUUCUCCCGCGGCGGUGGAUCUCGCCUUGGCAGCGCCACGGCGCUGCAGAGUAGGCGAUUCGCGGAUUGUUUGCAUCGGCGGCCGGAGUUCCAAGGAAGAGGCCGCUCGAAAGGCUCUAGAACAGGCUUUAGGUGGGAAGAAGGAGGCGUUCAGUAAAUGGGACGAGGAAAUCCGGAGGAGAGAGGCUACUUCUCGAGGCUCUGGCGGAGGAAAAGGACGUUGGGGGGGAUUCGGCGGUGGUGGAGGCGGCGGAGGCGGCGGUGGUGGUGGCGGAGGUGACCCCGCGAACGAGGGCUCCUGGGAAGAAGCCAAGCAAAUUGUCUUCGCUUUCACGGGGUUGAUUGGAAUCUUUUUCCUCCUCACGAACGGGAAGAAGUCCUUGGUUCUUUUGCUUAAUCUUCCCAAAUACAUGCUGAUGGGGGGAAAGAAAAGCGUCGCAUUUGUGUUGAAUCUACCGCUGCUGCUUCGAAGGGCGACGAAGCGAAAGCAACAACAAAGUGGUGCUACUACUCCUCCUCUAGCUCCCGUGACCAGUGAGCCUCAAAGCGCGAAGUCACGCGUGAUCAAUAAAUGGGGAAGAGAUUAGGAUCCAGGUCGGUGAGCACACCUUCAGUUUUCCUUUUUUUCUUCUUCUGGUCAUAGUGAGACUUCUCAGAGAUUUUGGAUGCGAAAGUAUUACUACCGUGGAGCCACCCUCUCCCAUUCUUCGUGAAUUCAUGGAAAGAGGUACCAGCCUUCCUUUUCUUCGACUGUAGCUUAACAGCGAGAGCUGGAUCGAUUUUAACAGGCACAGGGACAAGUUUGUUUUCUUCCCGAAUUUCCACAGGUUGAGAUCCCACACCCGAUCAAACAGGUGUCUGGAGUGAAGCUCAGCAUUGCAUCACUGCUUCUAUCACAUCCGAUCGAUCGCUCCCGACGCCGUCAAAGCGUCGAUGAGAAGAGAAGAAAGACUUCUUUUUUUUUCUUCUCGACUGACCGGCUCCAACCAAGGAAGGAUCAGUCGUUUCGGUUGGUAGGACAGUCACGCCGGCUAUGGAGUUUUUGCGGCAUUGUCAAAGACGCGGCGACUUUGUUAAAUAGGGGAGAGAAGAUUCCGGGGAAUAUGCUCGCAAAGCUUUGUCGUCUGGACAUUAUGAUGUUGCCAGGAAGACAACCGAUGAUCUGAGAAAGUUUGCCAGCGAUCCAACGGUCGGGAUUGCACGGACCCCUUGACUGACAUCAACGGCUGGCUCCAAUGCGGGGGCUUUCAUUCAAUCGCUCGAGCUUGGCGUGAUGGCGGUGGUGAGUUGUGUGGAGAUUUUGAUCCCCUGGAGGAGAUAGCGAGGUAGCGCCAGUGCGGCGAGGCGGCGCCCGCAUUCUCGGGGUCGAAAUAUCCACGUUGAAUCGCCGGUGGAUCAUCGGUCCAGGGGGUGGGCACGGGGGCCGCUAGGAUGCGAUUCGUGGCGUAGAUCAGGUCAGGGAAAGCAGAUCUGGGAGGAAUCGAGCGAGAAAAGGAUGCUGGAGGGCGCGAUUUUUGCGGUAGGAUUGGUAAUGUGUGCUCUUGGCCUGGGAUCGGCGAACUCGCUCUUCAGCGACCAUGUCUCCAAGCCAUUCAGCGCGUCGGAUAUGCACUGGGUGGACAACCAGGGCCAGUUCAUGCAAUCCGCGAGUGGGAAUUUCAUCCUCACAUUCUUCUACUCGAGUCGCAAUCAGUACUACCUCUCGGUGGUGCUGGGCGCGGCGAUCAACCAGAUCGUGUGGACUGCCAACAGGAACGUCCCCGUGAGCCAGGCCGAUAAUCUCAUCUUCCAGGACGAUGGCAACGUCAUCCUCUUUGGGCCGCGCGGCUUGCCGGUCUGGAGCACCGGCACGAAUGGAAGCGACGCGCAGACUCUCCGGCUGCUCGAUAGCGGCAACUUGGUCGUCCAGGACAGCAGGAACAGGACGCUGUGGGAGAGCUUUGCGCAUCCGACCGACGUGAUUGUGGUCGGGCAGAAGCUCCAGCGCGGGAUGAAGCUCACGAGCAAGAAGUCGACGACGGACUUCUCCCAGGGCCCGUAUAGUUUGAGCUUGGGUGACCACACAUUGGAGCUGGAGAUGGAUAUGGGAGGAGGAGCUCUCGUCCCAUACUGGAGGCUGGCCACGGACGUGCGAUCCAUCUUAAACUUCCAGACGGACCCCGAGUUUGCGAGCGUUUCUCCUGGGCAGCUCGGUCUCUACGACGGUAGCUCCACACUCGUCGCCACGCUACCGUUGCCGAGCCAGACGAACAGCUCCGGCACCAUGGUGUUGCUCGUUCUCGGCUCCGAUGGAAAUCUAAAGUCGAGGGCGUUUACGUCGAGUGGCCAACUUCCCGAUGCUUCCGUUUUCUUGGACAACUGCUUGCUGCCAAGUCCUUGCGGGCCGUAUGGAGUGUGCUCUUCCAACGGGCAAUGCAACUGUCCGGCCUCGCUUCCACUGAUAAAUCCCAGUAAUCCGACGCAGGGAUGCAAAGUGGCGGCUUUGGACCUCUGCAAAUCCCCGCAAGACUUUCAGUUUCAAGACCUUGAUACGAACUUGUUUUACUUUGCAAACCAGUUUGCUACACCAGCAUCCGCGGUCACGCUCCAGGAUUGCAAGCGACUUUGCACGGAGAACUGUUCGUGCACGACCGGGUUUUUCAACACGACGUCGGGGUCGUGCUACUUGUCCAACACGGUGAAGCUCGGGAGCUUCGACAGCACAAACGGUGGCUUCCAGACGUUUAUAAAAGCUCCCAAGAAACAAGGCAACGAUGGGCAGAAGAGCAUUCUGAUCUACGUGAUCGUCGGCUGCAGCCUGGGCUUGAUCCUCGUCCUCAUCGGUGGGUUCGUGUGGUGGUAUAAGCGGAGGCUGAGAGCCGCAAGAGCCGAUCCAGACGAGGAGGAUGGCUUCUUGGAAGCCAUACCCGGACUUCCAGCGCGGUUCACGUACAAGGAGCUGCAAACUGCGACUAAUGGAUUUAGCAAGAAACUUGGCGGCGGUGGAUUCGGUUCUGUCUACGAAGGCACUCUCCCGGACAAGAGCAAGGUGGCGGUGAAGCAACUGGAGAGCAUCGGACAGGGAAAGAAAGAGUUUCGAGCGGAAGUCGCGACUAUCGGCAGCAUUCAUCAUGUGAACCUCGUCAGGCUCCGUGGAUUUUGCUCCGAGGGAACACACAGGCUCCUGGUGUAUGAGUUCUUAGCUCGCGGCUCGCUGGAUAAGUCUCUCUUCAACGAAAGCAGCAGCCAGUUGCUGAGCGACAGCCCCGUGAAUCAACAGCCGCCGGUCGUGCUGGACUGGGACACGAGAUACAACAUCGCGCUGGGAACCGCGAGAGGGCUGGUUUACUUGCACGAGGACUGCCGCGAGAGGAUCAUCCAUUGCGACAUCAAGCCGGAGAACAUCCUCCUGGACGAGCACUUCACGGCCAAAGUGUCCGACUUUGGGCUGGCCAAGCUCAUGAACCGGGAGCAAAGCCACGUCUUCACGACCAUGCGAGGAACUCGGGGCUACCUCGCGCCCGAGUGGCUUCUCAACACCGCCAUCUCCGAGAAGAGCGACGUCUACAGCUUCGGCAUGGUGCUGCUGGAGAUCGUGAGCGGCCGCAAGAACUUUGAUCCCAACGAGACGUCGGACAAGUGGUACAUCCCGGCCUACGCUUUCAAGCAGGCCGAGGUGGGAGCCUUGGUGGAGUUGCUGGACGCCAGGCUCAAAGGCCACUCAAACGAAGAACAGGUGGUCAAGGCCGUGAAGAUCGCGCUGUGGUGCAUCCAGGAGGAGAUGCAUUUGCGGCCCUCGAUCGGCAAGGUCGUCCAGAUGCUCGAGGGAAACGUUCCAGUGCCGGAUCCGCCACUGUCGAGUCAAUUGGCGGUGAGGCUUCACGCUCGAAUGGCCGACGCUGUGAGCGAGCGAGAUGGGUACUCGCUCGGCAGCGAGUUUAACAGUGAGGAUCUCCUCUCGGCGAGCUACUUGUCCGGCCCAAGGUGAAGUCCGCGCCGUUGGAUCGGCAUCUUCCGUUAGUUCGAAUGUACACCGUCCGAUUAGAAUCGAAAGAAUAUCUCAAUC